GCAUUUACAGAAGGCAGAAACCCAACCCAGUCAGGCAAAGAAAGAUAUGGUAAUUGUAUUUUUUUCUUUGGAUAAUAAAAGAUAUAAUACUUCUAUGAGGAAGAAGAAAGACGUGUUUGACCUCGUAAAACCCGUCCACCAUGAGACUCUUCCACACCUAGCCAAGCCAACCGUAGCAUAAAUCAAUGCACCAAUUCACCAAACUUCCUUAAAACCCCAGCCCCUUCUUUCUCUUCAUUCUUUGGUGCUCCUCAAAUUCAGAAUCUGACCCCAUAAUAGCACACACAAAAAAGCUUUUCUUUACAUCUCCAGCUCACGUUUCAACAACCCCACUUGUCUCCUCCAUCAUCUCCUCCGUCUAUCAAGGCUGGAAAAAGAUUCCAAAAACUCAAAUCCUCGAAAACCCACCUUUGCGUCUCCUUUGAUCUGAUCUCUCUCUUCUUUUUCCACUAUCAAACGCUCUGAAAAAAAAAAGGUUGGUAGCUGGUCCGCCGUGGUAGCCAUGGCGGACAUAGUGAAGCAGAUCUUGGCCAAACCGAUCCAACUUGCGGACCAAGUGAUUAAGGCUGCGGACGAGGCAAGUUCGUUCAAGCAGGAAUGUGCGGAGCUCAAGUCAAAGACUGAAAAACUGGCGGGGCUUCUCCGUCAGGCAGCUCGCGCUAGCUCUGACCUCUAUGAGCGGCCUACGAAGCGGAUCAUCGAAGACACCGACCAAGUUCUCGAGAAGGCUCUGUCUCUGGUUCUCAAGUGCCGGGCCAACGGCCUCAUGAAGCGGGUCUUCACCAUCAUUCCAGCCGCUGCGUUCCGUAAGAUGCUGUCGCAGCUUGAGAACUCGAUUGGAGACGUUUCGUGGUUGCUUCGCGUCUCGGCUCCUGCUGAGAAUCGUGACGAUGGGUAUUUGGGUCUGCCUCCUAUUGCUGCAAACGAGCCAAUUCUGUGUCUCAUAUGGGAACAGAUUGCCAUUCUUUCAACGGGAUUGCUUGAGGACCGGUCUGAUGCGGCGGCUUCACUGGUUUCGCUUGCUCGGGAUAACGACCGGUAUGGGAAGCUGAUCAUGGAGGAAGGUGGGGUCGGACCUUUGCUGAAACUGAUCAAAGAGGGUCAAUUGGAAGGGCAAGAGAACGCUGCCAGAGCGAUUGGAUUGCUGGGUCGUGACCCUGAAAGCGUCGAGCAUAUGAUCCAUGCCGGAGUCUGUUCGGCCUUUGCAAAAAUCCUCAAAGAAGGUCCAAUGAAAGUUCAGGCCGUGGUGGCUUGGGCUGUGUCUGAGCUUGUAGCUAAUUACCCCAAAUGCCAAGAUCUUUUUGCCCAGAACAACAUAAUUCGCUUGCUGGUUGGCCACCUUGCUUUCGAAACUGUUCAAGAGCAUAGCAGGUAUACCAUCGUUAUGAACAAAGCCACAUCAAUCCACGCGGUUGUGGUGGCGAGCAAUAAUUCCAAUAUCGGAAAUGGUAUCAAGGUUAAUGAUGAUGAUAGGCAGCACGAGUCUAAAAUUCAACAUCCGAUGAAUAAUCAAACCCCAAGCCAGAUGUACAAUGUGGUUACCAAUACCAUGGCCAUGAAGACCAAACCUCUCCAACAGAGUAAUGGAGCGAGUCAAACCAACCAGGCCAAGAGCAGCGACCAUAGUUCGCUUUCGGGGAGUACUACUAAAGGGAGGGAACUGGAAGACCCUGAUACCAAGGCCAACAUGAAAGCUAUGGCAGCAAGAGCACUUUGGCAACUAGCUAAGGGGAACUCACCCAUUUGCCGUAGCAUCACAGAAUCAAGAGCACUCUUAUGCUUUGCAGUGCUACUGGAGAAAGGGAGAGAAGAUGUUAAACACAAUUCCGCUAUGGCACUAAUGGAAAUCACAGCUAUGGCAGAGAAAGAUACGGAAUUGAGAAGAUCUGCCUUCAAGCCGAAUUCUCCAGCUUGCAAAGCUGUUGUUGAUCAAUUACUAAAGAUCAUUGAGAAAGAAGAUACAGAACUCCUGGUCCCCUGUAUCAAAGCUAUUGGGAAUUUGGCAAGAACAUUCAGAGCAACAGAGACAAGGGUGAUUGGCCCACUGGUUAAGCUGCUUGAUGAAAGGGAAGCUGAGAUUUCCAAGGAGGCUUCAAUUGCCCUCUCGAAAUUUGCUUCUACAGAUAACUACCUCCACCUUGACCACUCAAAGGCAAUAAUAAGUGCUGGAGGGGCUAAGCACUUAAUCCAGCUUGUGUAUUUUGGGGAACAAGUUGUUCAAUUCUCUUCAUUGGUCCUCCUAUGCUAUAUUGCGCUGCAUGUACCAGAUAGCGAAGAACUUGCCAAGGCUGAGGUGCUGACCGUGCUUGAAUGGGCAUCCAAGCAAUCAUCCAUGACCCAAGACGAAGCACUGGACACAUUGUUACAAGAAGCCAAGAGUAGGUUGGAGCUUUAUCAGUCCAGAGGCUCAAGGGGAUUCCACUGAUUUAGUCAAAGGCAAAGUAGUUUCUUGUUUAUUGAGGGAAAAAAAAAAAAAAAUUCCAAUUAUUUUUUGUUACUGGUCUAUCAUUCUCAUGGAGUGUAAAUACCACUAAUUGCUAUCUGUUUGUAAUUGUUAGAAGUUUUUUCAGCCACUUGAAAAGCUGCAUCUUUCUAUGUCUUCUUUUCCCCUAGAGAAACACAUUGUCAAUAUUACGUUUAAUGGCUUUUCUCAAGGCUACAAUAAUUGGUUAAUAAAAUCUCAUUCUAUGCAAAAUCAGGAUAUGUUUCUUUUCU